GAGAAUGAAGCUUCUGAGUAUGGACUAUUGGUAUUUUGCGAAUUAAUCAGAUAAAGUAAGAUAAAAACAAGCGAGAUUACAGUUCCUGAAUGAAUAGAAAUAUCAAAGUAUUUUCCAGUUAGUUGAAAAUCAUAAAAACAAUAGCGUGCUUUUGACUUUCAAAUUAUGCUUUAAAGUCCUAUUAUCAUAUCAAGUAAACUUAAUUAAGUUUACUUAAAUUACGAUAUUAUUCAAUUAUUUUAUAUGUGUAUGUAUGCUUUCGUAUUUGUGAAAGGAAAAGUCGUCGUACAACGUUCAGUCGGCAAUAUCUGAAAUAGUUGAGAGAACAAAACAGACGAAGAAAGUGAAUAGCUAAUACUCGGCCGAAAACAUUUAUAGCUCAAUUUCAAUAAAUUAAAAGUACGUCUUCGCGUGAACCGUAAGGGUUGCCUCGAUAAAUUUUUAAAGUAAGUUAGCAAAUGCUGGGUUAACUAGUCAUCUUGAGAAUAGAACUCCUUAAAGAAAAAUUUAAUCCAUUUAUUUUACCAAACAUCAUGUCAAAUCAAAACGAUAGUUAUAAUUGGCAUUCACUGUUAACAUUUAUGGUAAAGUUUCAAGAUGAUGCUUGCAAGCAGAAGGCUGCUUGUGAUUCGCUGCGAUCAGGAAUUGAAUGUAAUCCAAGUUUGUGUGAUUUAAUUGGUGAAGAAAGUGAUAGCCUACUCCCAAUUCACAACUGUGUUAAUUUAGCACUCAAUCUCCACAAAAAAGAUGUGUACUUGUUUCAGUCAGCUUGUGGAGCUAUUUAUCAGCUUUCUAUGAACUGUAAAAGAAUUCAAGAAUCGUAUGUUGUAAAAGGAAUCUUUGCAACAAUCAUUGAAGAACUAUUGAAUACACCUUGCGACCAUGCUAUCCAAGGCUGGGGACUGCAUGCUCUGCGAGGGUUAUCUCAUGAUCAUUUAAUACAAAAAGAACUCAUCUUUACGUACCAUAUUUUUAAACAUAUAGUGCGUAUUCUAAUAGAAAUAAAAAGUGUUUGUGUUCUAAAGCAAUGUAUUGGACUACUUGCUUGUUUGGCACAAGACCUAGAGACUUUUAAGAAUGACUGCAUAGACUUUGGUAUUCCUGUGGUUAUUCUUGAUAUUAUGAUUGAAAAUAUCAAAAAUGAAGAACUAGUAGAAAUAGCAUUAGAAGCAUUAGCGUAUUUCUUUCCAUAUCAAGAAGAAAUGCUUCUUAAACUGGCUAACAUCCAAAGUAUUCACAAUGUUAUGAGGUUUUACCAAUUUAAUGAAGGUAUAAAUCUGAAAGCUUGUGUGAUAAUUCAAUUAAUAGCUGUUCAUAAAAGUUUCAUUGAACAAAAAGAUGUGUUUAGUGAAAUUGUAGCGAUGAUUAAAGAUGCUAUUAAUGGAAUCUUGGUAAAUUAUAGUAUCCAAGUAGAAGGGUUGGUUGCUAUGGUUCUUCUCCUUGCUGAUUGUUCAUUUGAUAAAUACGAGGCUCUUAUUAAAAACAAUGUUCACGAGAUUUUAUUAUUUAUUUUUGAAAAAUCAGACCCAAUGCUUUCAUCACUUGCAAAACUUUGCUUGAGCAGUUUGGCAUUUGAACAAGGUAUCACAAAUGUACUUUUUCAACGUGCUUGUUUUUAUGGUUUUAAAAAAUGCUUUAAGUUACUUGUUGAAUGGGGAGCAGAUUUUAACUCUAGUUCUAAUGAUGAAAGCGCUUUAUGUAUUGCUGUUACAAACAAUCAUAUUGAAAUUGUUGAACUUUUGCUUACUUUAAAACCAUCUGAUAUUUCUGAAGCACUUCAUUGUGCCCUUGAAAAGAAUUUACAUGAAAUUGUAGGCAUAUUGCUAUGUUACAUUGGAUUUGAAGAAGUUAAUAGAGCUAUAACAUGGAGUGCAUUAAACAUUUCUUACUUGAGGGAAGAAUAUUUCCUUCCGUCAAUACUACAAAGUAGAAAGAGUACAAGACCUAGUUCUGAAUUGUUUAAUAUAAAUUUGGGUAAGGAAUCAGAGUUCAUAUUGUUUUGUAAAAAUAAUAAAGUGUUAAAAGACAACAAAAUUACUAGAAGUGCCAAAUUUUUAGCUGUUUCGAGACUUCCGUUUAACAAUUUGGAUCCUCGUAAUUUGAAUUACUUAUCUGAAAAUUUAGAGUUCGAUUUUGCUAAGUAUUGCGAUGAUCAUGCUAAUUUGAAAAGAUCUCGCAAUAUUUCAAGUCCAACUCAAAUACAAAAGAUUACUUCAAUUCAAAAUCAAUCCGAUAUUGAUGAAUGCAUCUUAAACUUGGAUAUUUCAAACAACAAAAUAAGUGAUCUGGAAAAUUUAGCAAUUAGUGUAAAUUUGACAUUGAUUGAUUUUUUUAAUAAUUUGGUAAAAUUAGAUGUGAGUAAUAAUGGAAUAAAUGAACUAACAAAAGGAUUUUGUUCUUUAUUAAAAUCAUUAAAGUAUUUACGUGCUUCAAGUAAUAAUUUAAAACAACUUCCAUACAGUCUUUUAAAACAAAAGAAUAUUGAAGAACUCAAUGUUUCGUCAAAUCAUAUAUUGACAAUUGAAUUAGACAUGAUUCCUGUUAUAUUAUCAUUAAAAAAAAUUGACAUAAGUGACAAUAAACUAACCAAAUUUCCAGUAUGUUUUCUACAGAAGUUUCCACGUCUUCAACACUUAUCCCUGUCAAAAAAUAACAUUACAGUCUUGCUUAUAUCUGAAGAGUUUAUUUCUUUAAAAACACUAAUUUUGAGUUUUAACCAACUGACUAAAAUACUUUCUCGAUCUAUUGAAUGUUUUGUUUCGUUAAAAAAGCUAGAUCUAUCUCAUAACUCUUUAAAAGAUUUACCAAAUUAUACUCCAUCAACUUUGCUACAACUUACCAACUUAAAUUUAUCGCACAAUAAACUUGCAGCUAAAGGCCCUUUUUUCAUGCCCAAAUUCGUUUUGGACUUACCAUCUUUGAUCUGUCUUGAUAUUUCAAAUAAUUCUUUAAAAUGUCUUCCUGAUUUGCAUUACUGGUCAUCUAAAAAAAUUAGAGUAUUAAACUUUUCAAAUAAUGAUAUAAAAGAAUUACCUUUAAACAAAUAUUCUAAAUUUUUAUGGCCAAAAAUAUCAACAUUAAUUAUUUCAAAUAAUAAAAUCAAAGCCUUACCAAAAUAUAUUGGAGAAUUAAGCUCUUUAUGCGUACUUAAUGUUAGUUAUAACAAACAAUUGAAAACUCUGCCAGAUGAAAUUGGUAAAUUAAGCAACUUGUAUCAGUUUCCGUUGAAUGGGUUGAAUUUACGCCAUAGUACUGCUGUUUUAAAUGGAACUCCUAAAGAUUUAGUUUCGUACUUUCGUUCAAAACUUGAAAAUUCUGUUCCAUACCGAUGCAUAAAGUUGAUGUUAGUAGGAUUAGCUGGACGAGGAAAAACCUCUCUUAUUUCACAGCUUUCAAAACAAUCUCAUUCAUCAAACAAACUUGCUACAGUAGGAAUUGAAGUAAAAAGUUUUAUUUUAAAAUCACCUGGUUUUGAUUUUAAAAAUACACGUUCAAGAAGUCCAUCAUUUUUAGUAAACGCUUGGGAUUUCGCUGGCCAAGAGGAUUUUUACAGUACUCAUCGUUAUUUUCUUAGUUCUCGAGCUUUAUACUUAGCAGUUUAUAAUGCAAGUAAAGGUGAAGAAGAAUUGAAAAAGCUUACUCCUUGGUUAUUAAAUAUACAAAUUGUUGCUCCUUAUUCAAAAGUUAUUUUAGUAGGAACACAUGCAGAUAAGUGUAUUCAAGAGAAUCUGCAAUCUCUAAAUGCAUUUACGAAAUCGUUUUUGCAUAGUUCUGGAUUUCCAACUUUUCAUACAACUACUACCGUUGACUGCACAAAAGAAAAUAAUACAAUUGUACUUCUCAGAAAGGAAAUCUAUAAAUGUAUAAGAAAGUUUAUGUUUGAGGAAACGCCUAAUUUGGAAAAAAUGGUUCCUCAAAGCUAUGUUAAACUUGAAAACUUUAUUUUUCGAAAAGCAAAAACAUUGCAAAGAUCUGGAGAACUACCUAUGCUCAGUAAAAAAAGUUUGCACCAGGAUUCAAUCAAUCACGGAUUACAACUAGAAACCGAUGAAUUCAACAGAGCUUUAAUGUUUCUGGCUGAAACCGGAUCAAUACUAAACUUUAAAGAUCCGUUUUAUGAUUUAAAGAACUAUAUAUUUAUUGAUCCACAAUGGUUUUGUCAAAUGAUGGCUCGUGUUGUCACUAUUAAGGAAAUUAAUCCUUAUAUUACACAAGGAGGCAUUUUAUCUAAACCUGAUUCAUUUAAGCUCUUCCCAGAGCCUUGUUUUACUCAACAUUUUUUGGAACUAUUUUUUCGGUUGUUGCAAAGAUUUGAAGUUUUGCUACCGAUAUCACAAGACGAGUAUUUGGUGACAUCAAAAUUACAGAGUUCUUUUCCCCAGCAUCUGACAGAAGCUAAAUUAAGUUAUUUCGAAGAUCCAAAUGUAAUAACCAGGAGAUACGAUUUCCCGCAUAUUCCUAUUGGGUUUUGGCCGAGGUUAUUAGCACGUAUACUUUCAUUUCCUAAACUUACUCCCGGUGCACAUCUGGAGAAACUAAACUUAGAGAUGGAUUAUUGGCAAAAUGGUGUUUUUCUGCAUUGCUCACAGUCAUUUUGCUUGGUAUCAGGUGAUGAAAAAAAUUUAAACAUUUUGGACGUUCAAAGCCAAAGGUCUUUUGUAGGUUAUCAACUUUUUGUAAGUGUAAUUGAUCUCAUUGAUGGCAUAGUUGAUGAAUGGUAUCCUGGACUUAAUGAUAUCUCUCAGAAAAGGAUUGUUAAGCGACUUGUGCCUUGCCACAAUUGUAAACUUAUAUUUUUGUCAAAAAAUGAUAUUCGAUUUAGUUUUGAUUUGAACAUGUGCAUUGCCUCCUCAUACGAUUCUGAUAGUAUUAAAUGCAAUGAGUGCGGUCGGUUUUCUUCUAUAAGCUACAUUGCACCAGAUGCUGUAUUUGCUGAUUUGGGUAAUCUUGUUGUUUCAAAAUGGAAAAAUAAAUUUUUGGAUAAAAAAUAUAAGCUGGGAUUUGGCGCUUUUGCGUCUGUAUAUAAAGUAAAAAUCGAUGGAACUUUUAUUGCUGCAAAGGUAUUUAAUGAAUCUUCUGGAAACUGUCCAAAUCGCAUGUUACGACAUGAAGUUGAUAUUAUAAAACGUCUACAUCAUCCCUGUCUUAUUUCGUUUAUUGGAGUGAGUAUACGUCCCCGUGCUCUGCUACUUGAGUAUAGUCCUUUAGGGAACUUAGCAGAUUCCAUAGCUUCACAAAAGAUUUCAAAAAAUAAAACUUUAAAACAUAGAAUAGCUUUGCAGAUAGCUGAAGGUCUGGAUUUUAUUCACAAACAUGACAUUGUUUAUCGAGAUUUGAAACCAAGUAAUAUUCUUGUGUUUUCAUAUUCAUUAACUGUACCUGUCAAUAUUAAACUCUCUGACUAUGGUAUAUCUCAACAUGGAACGUAUCAGGGUUUUAUAGCUAAUAAAGGAACACCUAAAUACAAAGCUCCUGAAGUUGAAGAUAGUGAAUAUAGCACUGAGGUUGAUAUUUUAUCUUAUGGAGUUACAAUAUAUGAGCUUGUUACGAAUGGUCAAAGACCAUUCAGAGAUUUAAGUUAUGAGAAGGAGUUUAAAGAUGCUGUUUUAAAUAACAAACCUAUUGAUUCUUUAAUUUCUCAUGGUUUUGAACCUUGGCCUGAUGUUGAAGAUCUUAUAAAGAGUUGUCUUCGAAAAAAUCCAGAGGAGAGACCAAAAGCUGAAACAAUUGUGAAUAUACUUAUAAAUACUGAUUUUUUUUGUUUAAAAAAACAUCUUGUAAUUUGCAAAGGAUUUGAAACUAUUGAUUGCCUCACAACUUGUACUUUUUUUGAUUCCAAAAUUAAAAAUGUAGAGGUCUGGGCGGCUUGUGGUGGAUGUGGAUUGAACAGCCAUUUAUCUUGGUUUUCUGCUACGCAGACAAAUAAACAAGUAGUGCAAGGUACAAUGACAAAAAUUGGACAAAUUCUGUGUAUGAUUUCAUAUAAGCAUUUUAUUAUCGUUGGAACGAAGGAACGUCGUGUAGCUUUAUACGACGCACAAGAAAAGUGUUUUAAACAUAAGUUAGCGCAAUUCUCUGAUUCUAUAUUAUGUAUAUUACACGCACAUGGAUUUAAUUUAUUUUUAUUUGGACUAGCAGAUGGGAAUAUUGCAAUACUUAAUUUUGAUGAUGUUUUAAAUCCAGACGGGAAUCCUCGAUACAUAUCUUUGAAUGAUAAAAUAAGUCAAAAUCCAAUUACCUGUAUGACUCAAAGUCAAGACAAGCUUAUAUGUGGCUAUGGUAAAGAUAUUAAAGUAUUAAAUUUGUCCACUUUUGAUUUGUUGCAAACAGUUUCUGCUACAUGCCAAAUUGCAGUGUCUGCAAUAAUUGUGUUUCAAAAUCGUUUAAUCGUAAGCUCCGAAAAAGAUUACAAGAUUUCGGUUUAUAAAUAUACAGGUAAUAGAGUUGAUGAAAUUGUUUUGUUUGAAUUUGAUUGUUCCAAGUUUUUAAAAAAGUUUUAUCCAAGUAUUAUCGAAAGCGAUUGUUACGUAAAUACCUUUGAAUUAGUGGAUAAUUCGUCCUUAUGGAUUGGUUGCGGCGGAGGCCAUAUAAUUAUUGUUAACGUUUUAAAGUCCUUUUUCCGAGAUGCUACUAUUAUUUCGAGACAUUUGGGUGCUGUACGCUCUAUUAUUUCGACACCAAAAAUUAGUGGAGAGUCAGUCUCUGUAAUAACGGGUGGUCAAGGAUUCCGACCACUUUUAGCAAUUAACAAUAAUGUUGAAGAAUGUGGAUAUAUUUUACUAUGGGAUUCCAACAUUUUUAGAUUAAAAAACCAUUUAACAGCAGAAAGAAAAAAUCGCGAUGAGUUACUUACUAAACUCUCAGUUAAAACGGAAAAGUUUGCGUUUCCCUUACUGUGAUUCUAAGCAGUCAAUUGGAAAUUUGUUAUAUUUAAACAAACUCCAUAAUAUUUUAUGUACAUAUAUAAUAAUUAUUCGGUUUAAAAAUAUAACGUAAUACAAUUAGAAGUAAAA